AUGCAUAUCCUCGUAACAAACGAUGACGGUCCACCCUCGAACCAAUCUUCGCCCUAUGUUCACACUCUCAUCUCCCAAUUGCAGUCCGCCGGCCACACUGUCUCCGUCGUCCUGCCGCAUGUCCAGCGCUCAUGGAUCGGAAAGGCCCAUAUGGUAGGCCAAGCCAUUACGCCAACAUACUACCGACCAGGCGCUGUAAGACGUGAUAGCACUGGCGCGCUGAACAACCAAGGCACAACGAGCAAAACACCGCUUGCAGGCACGAUAAGAGAAGGCGAAGAGGGCGACGACGAGCCACACCAGGACGAGUGGGUGUUGAUAGACAGCACGCCAGCAUCAUGCGUACAAAUUGGUCUGCACCACUUCUUCGAGUCGCGUGGUCCAAUCGACCUCGUUGUCUCUGGGCCGAACUACGGGCGCAAUACCACGGCGUGCUUCUCGCUGUCUAGUGGGACACUGGGCGGUGCUAUGGAAGCUGCUGUCUGUGGUAAGCGCGCCAUUGCACUCUCAUACGCGUUUUUCGACAAGAAUCAUGAUCCGGAAAUCGUGGCUGGCGCAAGUCGCAUCAGUGUCAAGAUUAUCGAAAACCUGGCCGCGAACUGGAAGCCUGAUGUACACGUCUAUACCGUCAACGUGCCGCUUGUAGAAGGAGUCGAGCAAAAGAAGGUGCUAUGGACUCGGAUGUUGCAGAAUACAUGGACGAGCGGAAGCUGUUUCCAAGAAGUUGAGGUGCCCGAUGAGGGCGAGAAAGUCGCGGAAGACGCAGACAAAGCGGAGGUGGAGAUUAGGGAAAGCGAGGAAGGCGAGGCGCCCACAAGUAUGAACGGGAAGAAACCAAAGGCCUUUAGAUAUAAACAUAAGCACUUCAAGUGGGCUCCGAAGAUCACCGACGUAUACGAGAGCGUAGAAAGAGGUGGACCUGGUAGUGAUGGAUGGGUGGUGAAAGAGAAGGACAUCAGCGUAACGCCCCUCCGAGCAAACUUCAUGCAUGUCGAUGGUUUCGAAGGAGAGUUGAAGUUGUGA